AUUUUCAUGAUAAUUUCUUCUUCGUUUGUGUUCUUCCACAGUUCCAUGUUAACUUCUCCUGUUGUUACAUUUUUUAUCUUUAAGGAGCACUGUUUAGUUGGUUGAUUGCAUUCUUUUAGUAUGUCUGAGGAAAAAAAAAAAGGAAUUUAUGGAUUUAUGAAUUUGGUGUUCCCCAUUGACUGAUGCAUAUAAUAAGUGGUUCAUGUUUGUUUCAUAUUGCAAGUUUCAAUUCUCCCCCGCUAUCUGCUUUGUUGCGUGGGUAAAAGAGAAAUGUUCGGUUAAAGAAUGUUACCUUUUCUAUUUCGAAAGAUGUUGGUUGGCCUUUUGUGUUUGUCUUCUGCUAUGUAUGUAUUUCGUUUAUGCGCUUGUAGACACAAAGGAUGGAUUCAGAUGAUGAUUGCACUAUAAUUAUGAUUGCAAUUUGUACUUUGUGUUGCCAUGUGGUAUGCUUUUAGCCUCAAAAAAUUGGACUGUAUCUUCACAAGCAGACUUUUUUCUUUUCCUGUACAUAUCCAUGCUGGUCUGCUUUUUCAAUGGGUUUACCUCAUCUUUUUGCCUUUCCACUUGAUGAAAGUGCUAUCUUUUAUGUAAACCUUGUUAGCAACUACUUGCGUUCCUGUUACUUUUCUCCCCUUGUAGAAGGCUUUCUUGUCUGGAAACUUUAUCUCUUUACUUCUCAUGCUGCCAUACCCACAGUAAAGUGUAAUUUCUGUACUGCAGCUUUGCUUUCUAUUUGAGCACUUAUCUUCAAAGUUCUUGGAGACGUAUUCAGCAUGCAGAGUGAAAGGACAGGGGAUUUCAUGUUUGUGAAGGUGAACAUGGACGGAGUUCCGAUAGGCAGAAAAAUUGAUCUGAAUGUCUAUAGUGAUUAUGAUCAGUUGGCUCGCGUCGUUGAGGACAUGUUUAAGAAAUUUAUUGCAGCGCGUAGAACUGGUGAGAAAUCGACUGCUUUGACUGAGUCUAACACUCCUGAGCUUCUGAGGAGAGAAGCCGAUUAUGUUCUUGCAUAUGAAGACAAUGAUGGGGAUAAGAUGCUGGUUGGGGAUGUUCCUUGGGAAAUAUUCAUGGCUACAGUCAAGCGGCUGCGGAUUAUAAGGGGCUCAGAUGCUUAUGAACUUGCUGCUCCAAGAAUGGAUGAAGUCUCAGAUAUAUGAUUGAUCUAUGAUGGGAACGGAGAUAAUUAGCAUCUGGUUAUUUUCCCCAACAAUGAUUAAAGAAGUGAAUGUUUUUCCAGUUUUAAUGAUUGCUCGAACGAGGAGCACACUGAUGUACUUGGCAGUUGCAUUCCCACAACGUUAGCCUUCUUCAGUAGAGCCUGUUGUAGAACCACAAAGCGCUAUAAAUCAUUACCGCAGUUGUACUGCUCAUGCUUGAAUGAUUAUCAAAUCCUUUUCCA